AUGAAAAGUAGCAUCAGCGAGUUGCCUGACGAUUUGGUCUUGAAGAUAUUGUCAUUCCUUUCGACAAAACAUGCUGUGGCGACAAGCCUCUUGUCAAAAAGAUGGAAAUCACUCUGGACAAAGGUGCCGAGACUCAAGUACGAUGUUAAGGAUCGCACUAGAUCAUUUGAACGAUUUCUUGACAAGUCAUUGCUUGCACACCAAUCUCUUCUUCUAGAAAGCCUUUAUUUCACAAUAGAUUUUACUUUGUGGAAUAAAGACAUUGGACCGUGGAUUAGAACCGCGCUUCAUCAUCAUCAUUGUCACCUCCGUGAGCUCGAGAUAGAUGCUUCUCUUACCAGAACCCUAUUACCUCCUGAGUUGUUUACAUGCAAAACACUUGUUGUCUUGAAACUCGAUGGUACAGCGAUCGAUCUCGUGGAACCUCUUACAACGGUCUGUCUCCCAUCCCUAGAAACUCUUCACGUUGACAGCUCGAGACUAUUCGACUCUGGAUCCCUUCAAAUGCUUUUAUCCAGUUGCAAGUUUCUCACUGACCUCAUUAUCAUAAUGGGAUCAAGAUUCGCUGCUGCUGAGUUCAAUGUUUCUUGGUGCAAAACACUUGUGUCCUUGAAACUCCAAGGUUUGAAGGAUGUGAUCAUAAGCAAUAGCAUUUCUUCUUCUUCUUCCGGGGUAUCAUCUCUGCCGUUCCUCAAAACUCUGCAUGUUGCUCGCAUGGUGAACCUCAACAAUGAUUCCUUUUGUCGGCUUUUGUCCAACUGUCCUCUUCUUUCCGACCUAACAUUGGAAGAAAAAACCAGUGAUUUAUUGCUGAAUUUGGAUAUCGACAUGCCUUGCUUACAAAGAUUGUUGAUUAUAACGAAAGUCAAGGGCUCCACACACUUGUGUGCUUUACUGAGUAAUUACAUUCCAAAGCUUGCAAUCAUCGCACCUUCUUUCAAGUACUUCAACAUUCAUGAGCUGUUGCAUAAUAAGUAUACCUGCUUUUAUGUGAGGGUUAGACUCACAAGAGAUCCAUCGGAAUUAGAGGAUACAAGUAUCUUCCGGUGGAUUUUACAUUUAGAGCUGAGCAUAGGUAGUGAAAGAUCUGGGGAAAUGCUUGUAGAUUUGCUCCAGUUGUCCAUUAAAUUGAUGGUUCUCAAGCUUAAAAAUGUUUUCGAACGAAACUAUUUGUAUCUCUGGGACCCGCCGAGUUCUGUUCCUGAAUGUUUGUUGUCCAGUCUUGAAGUGUUGGAGUGGAGAGGAUACACAGGAGUAUACGGAGAUAGAGAGCUGGUGAGUUAUCUCCUGAAUCAUGCGCUGUGUUUGAAAACGGCGAAAAUCUUCUCGGAGCCAUACGACGUGGGAAACAAGCAACAGACAGUGAAAGACUUAGCUGCUAUGUCCAGAGGUUCCAAUUCAUGUGAACUUGUGCUCAAGUAA